UUCUCCUCUCCCCUUUGCACUGCUCCGCAGUGACAAAAGGAGUAAACUUCCUCUGCUUUUGCUGGCAUAUUAAGAAGUCUUUCUGGAGAGAUUACGGUAUCAAAGCCAUGCAUCUGUCUGCAGUUACUGUGCUGUUUUGAGCGUUUGAAGCGGUUUGGGGAGAGCAGGCGAGGGCUAUGUACACAGGCUGUGCAUCCCCGCUGGACUGUGCAGGCUGGGUUUGUGUCCCCACGGAGCGGCGGGGCAGGCUCUGCACGGGGGAGCACUACCUGAGCGCUUUGAUUUCAGUCUCUUGAGUCGGGAGGAGAAAGUUUCAGGUAGUGGGAGAACCUCUCUUCUUCCCCUUGGUGGAAAUACCGAUAAAACUUGUGUUUGAAACUAUUGCUUGACCCAGGGAUCAGCAAAAAGAGACCCAUAAUGCCAGGAAUGGUCAGUAAAAACCCAGACCUCGAGUUUGACUCCCUGCAGCCUUGUUUCUACCCGGACGAAGAUGACUUUUAUUUGUGCGGGCCGGACUCCGCUCCCCCGGGCGAGGACAUCUGGAAAAAGUUUGAGCUGCUGCCCACCCCUCCUCUGUCUCCCAGCCGGGCCGGGCUCCAGGAGCACCCUCCGGGGGAGGGCCCGGUGCCGUGGGGAGCAGCGGCUCUGUGGGGCUGCCGCCCCACCGACCCCGUGGACUGGGCAUCGGAGCUGCUCCUGCUGCCGCCCGAGGCCGACCUCUGGGACGGCGUGGACGGAGGGGACUUCUUCGAGACGGGCUCCGGCGUGACGAGCAAUCUCAACUCCAUCAUCAUCCAGGACUGCAUGUGGAGCGGCUUCUCCGCGCGCGAGAAGCUGGAGCGGGCGGUCAGCGAGAAGCUGCAGAGCAAGGCGCCCGCCGCGCCGCCGGGGGCCGCGGGCAGCCCCGCCGGCGGCCGCGCGGAGCUGGGCGGCGCCGUGCCCGAGUGCGUGGACCCGGCCGUGGUCUUCCCCUUCCCCGUCAACAAGCGGGAGGCGCCGGCGGCGGGCGGAGGGGCAGCGCGGGGCGGCCGCCCGCCGCGCCCCGCCGGGGACAGCCGGGCGAGCAGCAGCAGCAGCAGCACCUCCGGGGACGACAUGCUCAGCGACUCGGAAGAUGAUGAAGAUGAGGAGGAAGAGGAUGAAGAAGAAGAAAUAGAUGUUGUUACAGUGGAGAAAAGACGGUCCUCUACCAACAAGUCUGUUACCACCCUUACUAUUACAGUGCGUCCUAAAAAUACCACUUUUUCAUCAGUCAGGACACAGCAGAAUGGACUGAUAUUAAAGCGUUGUGCCCCAAUUCACCAGCAGCAUAAUUAUGCCGCUCCUUCUCCAUUUGUGGAGACUGAAGAGUCUCCACCGCAGAAAAAGUUAAAAAUCGAGGUGCCCCGUCCAGUAAAACCCACGAUCCAACCAAAGCUUAAGAGUUCAAGUCCUCGAAACUCUGAUUCAGAGGACAGUGAACGUCGACGCAACCAUAAUAUCCUGGAGCGUCAACGACGUAAUGAUCUACGGUCAAGUUUCCUCACAUUAAGGGACCAUGUUCCAGAACUGGUUCAAAAUGAGAAAGCUGCAAAAGUUGUGAUCUUGAAAAAAGCCACUGAAUAUGUUCAUUCUCUUCAGGCAGAGGAGCAGAAGUUACUGCUAGAAAAGGAAAAAUUGCAAGCCAGACAAGAACAAUUACUAAAGAAAAUAGAUUACAAGCGGAUUUGCUAAACUUUUUUUUUUUUUGUUUUGGUGUUUUUUUCUGGCUGAUCAGGACAGUCAUUGCCACUUUGCACAUUUUUGAUUCUUUAUAAAAAAGUUGUGUUUUUUGACGUUAAGAAUGUUGGUUUUAAUUUCAAUCCAGUUCCUGAAGUAAUUGACAGACUAUAUUAUCCGGGUACGGAGCAAAUGGAUUUUCUUGCAAGGAGUUUAUUGCAAGACUACCAAACAACAAUGGACUGCCUUUGUUUUUUCUAAAGAACUGUAGAUGGUGGGGAUUUUUUUUUUUUUUAAGUGUUGUGAGCAUUUGGAGCUGCUGAUGACAUCUAGUUGAGUUUUUAAAUGUUCAUUCCUAAGUUUUAUGGUGCUUAUGUUCUAACAGAUGUUACUUUAGGGGUUAGCAUUUUGUACCCCUGUGGGAAUUUCUGUAAAUACCAUCUACACACUUGCCUUUUGUACAUGUCUUGGGUUAUGAGAGGUGGCUUUUGCUGCCAGUGUUAGACUGGAAGUUCAUACCUAAGUACUGUAAUACCUCAAUGUUUGAGGAGCAUGUUUUUGUAUACAAAUAUAUUGUUAAUCUCUGUUAUGUACUGUACUAAUUCUUACAUUGCCUGUAUACUUUAGUAUGAUGCUGAUACAUAACUAAAUUUGAUACUUAUAUUUUCGUAUGAAAAUGAGUUGUGAAAGUUUUGAGUAGAUAUUACUUUAUCACUUUUUUGAACUAAGAAACUUUUGUAAAGAAAUUUACUAUAUAUGCCUUUUCCUAGCCUGUUUCUUCCAGUUAAUGUAUUUGUUAAUGUUUGGUGCAUAGAACUGGGUAACGGCAAAGUUCUGUGUUUAAUUUCUUCCAAUGAUGUACAUUUAGUGCUGCGUCUUAUAGCACUUUGAAAUACCUCAUGUUUAUGAAAAUAAAUAGCAAUUACAUGA